AUGCUUCGUUUUGUUGUGUUGGUAGCUUUUGGAGUAGCUUCGGUGUUGGCAAUUGAUAAGGAAUGUUUUCAACUUGCGACUCCGCUUGCUGCAAGGUGCUGCAAAACACCGCCUCCAAAACCUUUACAAGACGAAUCGCUAAAAGAAUGUUUUGAAAAAUUUAAAAAGUCACCUGAAACAGCUGCAGAAAACAAAUGCGAGCUUGAACAAUGCAUUGCUAAGAAAAUAGGUUUUCUUGCUGAUGACGGAACUAUUGAUAAGAAAGCCUUCGAAGCACGACUUGUGGAGAAGUUCAAAGAGCAUCCUAAAUUAGUUGCGAAUAUGAUAAACAAUUGCGUCAAUGCUGAUGUAAAAGAAUAUGGGCCUGAAAGUACGUGUGAACUGUUGAAAGUGGAUCACUGCUUAAAAGUGCAAUAUGGGAUGUCAUGUCCUGACCUUGACGACAAGGGGUCGUGCAGUGAAAUCAAAGCCCUCGCAGAAAAAUGUGCUGCCGAAUAAAAUGUUAUCGAAUAUUCAUCAUACGAAGCGUUACAAAAUUAUGAAUAAUAUAUUUAUCUUGC